CCCGCUUCACCGCCGGGAUGUCGGCGCACAGCCUGCUCAACAGCGUCUUCUCCUGCUCGUCCUCGCCGGCGCCCGGCGCCUCGCCCUCCUUCCCCCCGAAGAGCCUCUCCAAGCGGAGGCUCCGCCAGACACGCAGCCUGGACCCGGCCGUCAUUGGCCGCUCCGGCGGGGAAGAGGCGGCCGACGGCUCGCUCCGCGCUCCCCGGGCCAGGGCAGCGGCGGCGGCGGCGGCCAGCCCUUCGGCCGAGUGUUUGGCGGCCUUCUCUUCGCGCGCUCUGCUGCGCCCGGUGGCUCCGCCAACUCCCCCGGGCGCCUCGUCGCUCUCGACGCCCAGCACCCCGCUCGACAAGUCGCCGUCGGGCAGCUUCCACUUCGACUACGAGAGCCCUCGAGGCAAGAGGCACACCGCGUGGGAGCUGCCCUUCCUGGCGCGCGCGCCGUCCGCCUCGGCGCUCGGCAGCGCCCCCGGCGGCGGCGGCGGAGGCGCCAACAGCAUCUUCUUCUCUCCCCGAAAGUGGCUCCAGCAGAGGAAAGGCCAGCAGCUGCCCAGCAGCCAUGCGUCCGCCUACGUCGUGUGGAAAUCCGAGGGUGACUUCACUUGGAACAGCAUGUCAGGGCGCAGUGUUCGGCUGAAGUCUGUUCCUGUUCAAAGUCUUUCGGAAUUGGAGCGUGCCCGGUUACAGGAAGUGGCCUUUUAUCAGUUGCAGCAGGACUGUGACCUAGGAUGUCAGAUAACGAUUCCCAAAGAUGGACAAAAGAGGAAGAAAUCAUUACGAAAGAAACUGGAUUCCCUUGGAAAGGAAAAAAACAAAGAUAAAGAAUUCAUACCCCAGGCUUUUGGAAUGCCUUUAUCACAAGUGAUCGCUAAUGAUCGGGCCUACAAAUUGAAACAAGAUACUCACAGGGAAGAGCAGAGGGAUGUUUCAGAAUUUGUACCUUCCCUUUUACCAUUUGGGAGUAAAAGACAGAACAAAGAACUCUCAAGCAGUAACUCAUCUCUUAGCUCCACCUCGGAAACACCAAACGAAUCUACUUCUCCUAACACACCAGAACCAGCUCCACGAGCAAGGAGGAGAGGUGCAAUGUCUGUGGACUCCAUUACGGAUCUUGAUGACAGUCAAUCUCGACUGCUAGAAGCCCUACAGCUGUCAUUGCCUGCUGAAGCACAGAGCAAAAAAGAAAAGUCCAGGGACAAGAAACUAAGCCUCAAUCCUAUUUACAGGCAGGUUCCUCGAGUUGUGGACAGCUGCUGCCAGCAUUUAGAAAAACAUGGCCUUCAGACAGUGGGCAUAUUCCGAGUUGGUAGCUCAAAAAAGAGAGUAAGACAGUUACGCGAAGAGUUUGACCGUGGUGUGGAUGUAAUGUUGGAUGAGGAACACAGCAUUCAUGAUGUGGCUGCUUUAUUAAAGGAAUUUCUUCGUGACAUGCCUGAUCCACUCCUGACUAGGGAGCUUUACACUCCUUUCAUCAAUACUCUCCUAUUAGAGCCCCACGAACAACUAAGCACCCUGCAACUUCUUAUUUAUCUUCUACCUCCCUGCAACUGUGACACCUUACAUCGACUUCUCCAGUUCCUUGCGACUGUAGCUAGCCAUGCAGAAGACAGGAUAGACCAAGAUAGCCAGGAUAUUCCUGGCAACAAAAUGACAUCACUUAAUCUAGCCACUAUAUUUGGACCUAACCUGUUGCACAAACAGAAGACAACAGACAAAGAAUUCACCGUUCAAAGUACAGCGCGAGCUGAGGAGAGUACUGCAAUCAUUGCCGUUGUACAAAAGAUGAUAGAAAACUAUGAAAUGCUAUUCCUGGUCCCUGCUGACCUUCAAAACGAAGUUCUGAUUAGUCUACUUGAGACAGACCCAGAUGUUGUAGACUAUUUGCUGAGAAGGAAAGCUUCUCAGUCAUCAAUCCCUGAAAUGCUCCAGUCAGAAGGUUCAUUCUCCAUGGAAGGCAGACAUCCAUCCAUAGACUCAAAUAGAGCCUCAAGUGGUGACAUCUCGCCUUAUGACAACAACUCCCCAGUGCUCUCUGAAAGGUCUCUUUUGGCAAUGCAAGAUGAUAUGGCCCUCACGUCUGAGUCAAAGUUAUUCAGAGUACCAGAGCAAUGUACACUGAUCAGCAGUUUGCACCCAAAAUCAAGAGAUAAUUCCCUUGGAUCGUGGUUUGCAAAAGAUGCUUCAGAAGACUAUUUCGACAUCUGGGGAACCUGGCAUUCAACACUGAAAAGUGGAUCCAAAGAUUUAGGAAUGACAGGGUCAUACGGAGACAUCUACGAGAGCAGCUCACUGCGGCCAGGGCACUGCUCUCUUUCUCAAGGGAACCUGUCUCUGUCUUCACCUCGGUGGCAGGGGAGCGCCACAGAAUUAGACAAUGGAAAGCAAAUUAUCCGAAGGAGUCAGACGACGACUGCCCUUCCCGAAUGCCGCCCUCAUCCUCCCCUUUCUCGGAUUUGCAGCACCCCGCAAAUGGAAGUUGGUCGGAGGAAUUCCAGCCAGUGUGAUUCGGAGCAGCAUUUUCCUACAAAUAAUGCACAGCACCUCGCGGAGCGUGACUCGGAUGCCACUUGUUUGCACAACGCAAUGAACCCGUUGUACCCGAGGCAGGGCGAAGCAGUUCGGAAAGAUAGGCCUCCGCCGCCACCUUAUCCUGACAAGGCAAAGCAGAGUUCUUCCUCGUGCCUUCAGCCAACGGUCUCUCCAGCAGAACAUCCGCUGUGGAGGCUCCAGAGGGCAGAAUCCCGAUCCGGGGCCACGGGAGCAAGAAUAAUGGCGCAAGUGCCUGAACAGUCUAUCCUGUUUGAGGAGCAGCAGGACAAAACGGAGAAAGAGUGCUCCGCCACAGACAGCGAGCAGAACAGUAAAAAUUUGUCAGAACCAGAUUGGCAUGACUGGCAAAGGGAUCGAUGGCAGAUCUGGGAGAUUUUAUCGCCUGAUAAUCCAGAUGCUCUUCCUGAAACAUUAGUAUGAGUAGAAACCAGCACUGGCCAUGCUUUUUUUCCAGCUGAAGAAGGAAAGGUAAUGGUGGACUGGAUUCUAGCUUUUAUAGCAAACAAAUGUCAUUUAAUUUAAAAAACAACAACAACUAUGUUCACUUUAUAAAAUAAUUUUAAUAGCAUUGUAAAAAAAUAUGAAAAAAGAAUUAUAUUCCUGGUUUUGCAAUCAUCAAAGGAAGGGGAAAUGACAUGACAAUUCCAGACCUAACCACUUUGUAAAAUAUAAGCUGUGUGUACAUUAAAAACUACAGCCUUGGUGUUGCUAAGAUGUAUUUAUGUAUCUGCCAUUCAGAUGAUUGUAUAUUCUGCAAAAGUUUUUUGGUUUUUUUUGGUACAGUAGUAUUGUGUUCAUAUGCAGAAAACAAGCAACCUUAACUGCUUUUUUUAAAAGAAAAAAAUAUAUUUUAAUCACUGCACUUAUAUUACCACAAGAUGCAUUGAGGUUCUUUUGAAGGUGCACAAGCUGGUUUCUGUGCUUUUAAUUUAGCCCGUCUGUGGGAGACAUAUAUUUUCACUGCCUACGAAAAACACUAAUGUGGGAUGAAACAGUUAAAAAGCCAUAUAUUUUAUAGUGAGCAAGUUAGAGAGUAAGUGUAUGUACCAUGUUAUUUGCUUUCAAGCAAAAGAAUUAAAAAUUUGAUGCAAUAUGGUAAAGAUAUAUAUAUAUAUUUAGACUCUUAUUAGAAGGCAAUUUAGUUAACCCUUCAGAAGCAAGGCCGUGCCUACACCAAACAAAGGGAGCUCAAAUUCCUGCCUCCCAUUCCAGAUAAACUGCAAUUUUAUAUACACAGUAUAUAAUAUAUAUUUAUAAAUAUUAUGGUUUUAAAGUAAACUGGAAUCCAAAUUUGAUAAUUGAAGUACUACUUUUCCUUUUAAAAAAGUUUUCCAAAGUAUUAUGGAAAAAUCCUUGCAUACCUUAAGGGACAACUAUUUACUGAAUCCCAUAUAUAGAUUCCAGACUAAGUAUGACCUUUUUACAGGCAGAUUGUGCCAAAAAUGCAAUGUCAUAUUUGUUAAAUGUUGAUGUUCCUGCAAAUAUUAGCUAAAUGGCAAGAAUAUUUAGCGCCAGCAGGUGGCAAUACGUUGCCAUUUUUAAAGAUUUUUCCCCAUUUUAACAAGGGAAACAUCUGCCCAUGACAUUCUUAUAAAUAUGAUUGUCUUUAAGUUAUAUCUUGUGCCAAAAGGAUGGAAUAAAAGUCUACCAAAAAUAU